AGCGUUGUUCACCGUUUACACUAGGAAGGUGAGGGUGACGUGAGGAGGUUGCAAUGCAGCUAAACUCUACACACUGGAACCUUUAAAGCAUGACGAGAAGCUGGCUGAUGUCAACAGGAGCCGUUUAGCGCCUAUAAAGAGGGGAGUUCUCUAUGAGACCUCCAAACCGUCCACACGUCCAGGGAGCCUCCGCAGACUUCACACUUUUCUCCAGAGAAAAACUCCUCCCGUUUGUGUCUCUGCACCAUGGUCAGUGCUCGGGCUCUCCUCCUCACUGCCACCUGCUGCUGCGCCUACCUGUGGCUCGCUCGUGCAGAGGACUCCUCACUGGAGACGCGCUCGUUGGAUUUCCCCCUGAAGACCCAACAGGAGAAAGACCUGAUUGACGCGUUGCAAGAAGUUUUGGAGAAGCUGAGGAGCAAAGAGAUGCCAUUAGAGAAAAAGCUUGGCUGGCUGCCUUCGUGUGACGCAGGGGAGCCCUGCGCCGUGCGUAAAGGCGCGCGUAUCGGCACGCUGUGCAGCUGUCCCCGUGGGACUUCCUGUAACUUUUAUGUUCUCAAAUGUUUGUGAACAUAACAACGAUGACACAAAGAAAACACAAGAGAGCUAUUCGGGAUGUUUGGAGUGACAAAAGUUGCUGUUGUCAUUCUGUUUGUGGCAGAUGUAACGUGUGAUUAAUAAAGGACGCUUUUCUUUUAUAAACUUGGAACAUGUCAGAGGGUCUGUGUCCUGUGUCUCUGUCAGUAUUUAUGGUCGUGACAAAGGGGAAGUUAUAUCUCGAUUUUGAAUGUAGUUUCUGUUGUCAUCUGUUUGUUAUUGUUACUGUUAUGGGGGAAGUUAUCCCAGCAUCAGUUUUUAAGCACAUUUGUAAGAUCUUGAGG